UGUGUCCCAGCUGACUUCCGGUCGGGCUCCGCUUGCGCCCCCGCGUCGCCAUGUUCACCCGCUCACGGUGGCUACCCCGGAGCUUCAGCCGCCUGGCCGCCGCCCUGCAGGGUAAUGGUUCCCAACAACCCAGAGGUGUCUCUGGUCUUUUAGUAUGCCAUCGAUCCAUUUAUGAUAAAAGCAGGCAGCUUCCUGAAAAUGGCUCCAAAUUCAGCAUCUUCCACAUACGACACUUCAGAACAUCAACAGUUUUCAAUGAUGAAGUGAUGACGGUGAAUACACCUGCAUUUGCAGAGUCUGUCACAGAGGGAGAUGUCAGGUGGGAAAAAGCUGUUGGUGACGAAGUAAGUGAAGAUGAAGUGGUAUGUGAAAUUGAAACUGAUAAGACAUCGGUGCAGGUUCCUGCUCCACAUUCUGGUAUCAUCGAGGAGCUCCUGGUCCCUGAUGGAGGUAAAGUGGAAGGAGGAACCCCUCUCUUUAAGCUCAGGAAAAUGGAAGGUGGUGCUGCAAAGACCAAACCAGCAGCCCCCUCUGCUGCCAAACCAGAAGCUCCAACUCCACCCCCACCUCCACCCCCACCUCCAGCGGCCACAGCAGGGGCAAUUCCGACUACAAUGCCACCUGUGCCACCUGUACAUACACAAGCCAUGGACAGUAAACCUGUUUCAGCAGUGAAACCUACUGCAGCUCCUGUUGGACACUUAGCCACAGCUGGUGUCAGAUCAGAGCAUAGGGUUAAAAUGAAUAGAAUGCGACAGCGAAUUGCACAGCGACUAAAGGAGGCUCAGAAUACUUGUGCCAUGCUGACGACAUUUAACGAGAUUGAUAUGAGCAAUAUCCAAGAAAUGAGAACUUUGCACAAAGAAACCUUCCUCAAGAAGCACAACCUGAAGCUAGGUUUCAUGUCUGCAUUUGUUAAGGCAUCCAGUUUUGCACUGCAGAAUCAGCCAGUGGUAAAUGCUGUUAUUGAUGAUACAACCAAAGAAAUCAUCUACAGGGACUAUAUUGACAUCAGUGUAGCUGUAGCAACGCCAAAGGGUCUGGUGGUUCCUGUUAUCCGAAAUGUUGAAACAAUGAACUAUGCCGAUAUUGAGAAAGCAAUCAAUGAGCUAGGAGACAAGGCACGCAAGAACGAGUUGGCUAUAGAGGACAUGGAUGGAGGUACUUUCACAAUCAGCAAUGGUGGUGUGUUUGGCUCAAUGUUUGGGACACCAAUUAUCAACCCACCCCAGUCUGCCAUCCUGGGUAUGCAUGGCAUCUUUGAGAGGCCAGUUGCAAUUAAGGGCCAGGUUGUGAUCCGUCCCAUGAUGUAUGUGGCCCUAACCUAUGACCACCGCUUGAUUGAUGGCAGAGAAGCAGUACUUUUCCUCCGAAAAAUUAAAGCUGCAGUUGAAGAUCCUCGUGUGCUACUACUUGACAUUUAAACCCAAUUACAAUUAUUUAAAAAGAAACACAUACUCAAAAUGUCAUACGCAUUUUCAUAUUAAAUAAUUGUUUUACCUUUUUGAUGUUUAAAAAAAAUUAUAAAUGAAUGUUUUAUGGACAAAUUGCAAUUUCUGUAGGAAUUGUUUAUAAUGGAAGGGUAUGGCAUGUCAGAGACUUUACAGCUAAUUUAUAUUAUGAGGAAACAAGCAUACUAACAUGGGUAAAUCACUGAUAUUUUAUAUUGAGGGAGCAGCUUUGAGUGGUCUCAUUCACAAUUUAGUAUUAAAGAGCAUGAAACUGGCAAUUGCAACAAAAGAUGUCAAAAUUGACCAAUAUUGAAGCUGGAAAUGCAGAAUUCCUUAUCUGAUACUCAUAGUGAGACAUAUUGCCAAGGCAGAUACAGAAUCUUUGCUUCUAACAAAUGAUGCUUUUGAUUUGGGAAUGUUCCACAUCUGAGAGAACACAUUUCAUCUUCCACCAUUAACAUCUUUAUCUUGAUAUAAAAAUGCACUGAUUGAAAGAGUACUGUUGCAACAUUAUUUUCUAUCCAGCUAGGUAGAAGCAAAUGCAUUGUCCCAAAGUUAUUUUGGGAACUUUGAGUUGCAAAAAUUUUACAUUAGUCACUUACAGAAUGGAGGACAUGAAAUUAUUUGUUCUUAAUAUACUAGUUUUCUUGUGGCCAUAACACCAGGCUUCAAGUUUACAAUAUUGCUGUAAUUAAUAUCUGCUACCAAACUUUGCUGUUGAAGACAUAAUGAAAAAGAAACCCUCAUCGCUAAAACAAUCUGAAGUUUACAAAGUUGGCAAGCUAAAUUACACAAAGGAGCCAGAGGGCUGAAGGAACACAACUAAUGGUACAGGUGAUUACUGUUCCUUUUAGAUGGCUAUGAAUUUACAAUAUAUAAAUGUUGUGUUGCAAGUUUUAGUUUAUUCUCCAUUGAUAAGUCUUUGUACUGGGUUCAUUUCUCGUUCCCCCUUUCACCACCCCCACAGCCCAAAUUGUCUAGCUGGUAUUAAGUUCCAAGCACCUUUGCUCAAGAAUGCAUGCCACAGUCUUAGCACGCAGCUGUGCAGCAUCAUGUUAGUCCAAGUUUCCAAGUGUUUCAUUAUGGGACCAGCUUAAUACAACCCACUUUGCUAACAACGUAUUCUGUUCAAAUCAAAUCCUGUUUCCUCGGCAAUGAAUUUCCUUGUCCUCUGAGAAUUAAGCGGUCUUUUGAGAUUUUAAAAAAUGCGCACAACUUUUUUAUUCCUGUACUAUGUUGGGGUGUACAGACGGUAUUGUGAUUAGCACGAUAUUAGGGUCAGUAAACUUGUUUAUCAGGUCAAGUAUUAUUCAAAUAAAUGUGGAUCUUUCUGUAUUGUAGAGAGAAGGGUUUUUAUUGAAAGCUGCUUCCUGACAUGAAAUGUCCUUCCUAUAUUAAUGGAUUACAGUAGUACAAUUUGAUAGAGUAGCAGGAAGACGGUUCCAAAUUGAGAAUUAAGUCAAGAGUGUUCUUACAGGACAGUUAAUGAGCCCUUUCACACUAUGUAGGGAAAUAUGCAUUAGGAUUGAGAACAAACUGGGUGUGGUGGGGAGGGGAUUGGCACUUUUGAGGUCGUGUUUUUUUUCAGUGGGAUUAUUUUUAAUACUAGCUCGUGAGAUUCACAUGACCUUUCUGUCAUUGUGUGUUAAGUGAAAAAGUGAGCCCUAUCCUUAGUUUGAGCUUGUGUUUUUGAGACACAAAUAUACACUAGUACACAAUCAGAGGUGCUACUCCUACAGAUUUGCGUACAUUUUCCCGCAUCUUCCGAACAGUGAUAAUAUUGCUUCCCUCAAUCUGCACAACUUUUAAAUAUUCGAUACAUGGUGUGCACCAUGAUUUCACUUGUGACACUAGCUCACCUGUUUCCAUCAGCACAUGGGGCAUAGUUGGAUAUACGUACGUCAUUUUAAAAAAAAUUACCUGCACCGCAGUGCGGUCAUUGGCAAGAGGGAAACUAAUCUGUGAUUCAGAGAAAUGUAUCAGUUACCCAACAAGCUACAGAGGAGAAAUUCUUAACAGCUUUAUUGUGGGUACGCUGCCAAGCAAGCUUAAGCACUAUGUACCAGUUGGAUGCAGUUACAUGAUGGUUUAUUGAUUGUGCGGCUUAGACCUGUCCCAGUCGGUGCUUUUCCAGGCAUGGCAUUUAGUGGUAUACUGGAUGUUCAUAUUUACUUUGCAGCACUCUUAUCAGUUAAUUAAAUUCCAAAAAGUUUGAAACAUUUAACCAAAAAUGAGGCAGUAAGUUGAAAUGUUGAAAAGGACAAUUGGUAAUGUAAUAGUAUUCGAAAUCAAUAAAUGUGACUAUUCAAACCCUC